AAGGUUUGGGCUUGCUCCAAUGUCGGUUCACCAGCCCCGACUGUGUCAGUGCCACCCGCCUCACCAGAAUUAUAAUGGUGGCGUAUGUAUGGUACUGAUGACGAAGGCUAUAGUUAAAUACAUUCUGGGGACACAUAAAAGGUCUGAAAGGAGAUGCAGACGCUACCCACCAUAGCAGCCACUCACCAUCACUCUCAUAUUCUUGUCUAGAACUCUCUCUCUCUCUCUCUCUCUCUCUCUCUCAAGCAUCCUACAGAGACUCAGACACCGCCAUCUUCACAUAAUCAGGCUCAUCCAGGGCUCUCUCAAUCUGAUUGUUGCCGGUCCAGCAACCAGGAAAUGGCUUUCUUAGCGUUUCUGAUACUUCUCUUGGCCAUGGCCGGCUGUUCAAGUGCAACAUACUGUAUCUGCAAAGACGGGGUGAGCGAUUCAGCUUUGCAAAAGACCCUGGACUACGCUUGUGGAGCUGGUGCUGAUUGCAGUCCAAUCCUCCAAACCGGGGCUUGUUACAACCCAAACACUCUCAAGGAUCAUUGCAACUAUGCUGUGAACAGCUACUUCCAGAAGAAAGGCGAAGUCACCGGUAGCUGUGACUUCUCUGGGACUGCCACCACCGCAACCUCUGUUCCCAACCAAUCUUCUGGGUGUGUGUAUCCCUCAAGUGCCAGUUCUGCGAGUACCACACCGACCACCACUCCUACCACAAGCACUUCACCGACAACCUCCACCACCCCAACCACCUCCACCACGCCCACCACCACCACCACCACCACCCCGAGCACCACCCCGGUGUUCAACAGCGGCGCGGGACUGGGUCCUAGCAGCAUCACCGACGCCAAUGACGCUGCCAUGUCCAUCCAAAGAGCAGGCACGGUCCUUGUUGCCCUUGCCACCACCUUCUGGUUUUCACUCUCGUUGGUGUUGUGGGCCUGAAGGUCCACCGAAGAUGUAAAAACAUAAAAAGAGAGGAGGGAGGACAACCUUUGGGGUUUGAUCUGCGGAGGAGAUUCGCCAGGACUACUGCUGCCAUGAGAAUGGCAAUAUCUUUUGGUAUUUGGGGAAUCAUAUCAUCGAGGGCCAGACCCCACUAGGGUUUUCUUGUCGUUUACCUCCCUGUGUGAUGAUAAAAAAAAGAAGGAAGUUUGGGAAUUUGAUUCCUGUUUUUCUUGUGAGUGGUGGUGACGUGACCACCGGUGGGGGCAGAAGAGCUGAUCUUUUUCUUCUUAGUAGAGAUUUAUUAUUGCUGUAUAUUUAGGAGGGAGGGAGGAGUAGUAGUAUUUUUUUGUAUGUAAUAAUGUGUAACUGGUGGUGCUACUACUGUGCUCUUUUUUCCAUGUGUCUUGAUAAGUUCCUUGCCGUUUA